AUGAAUCAACAAAGAAGAACUCAAAAAAUUAUGACACAGCCAAUUAAUCAAAUAUUUAGGCUGUUUACAUCAAAACAAAGAGUUCAGAUUUGGUUAUAUGAUCAUCCGGAAUUAUCUCUAGAGGGUAAAAUUCAGGGCUUUGAUGAAUAUAUGAAUAUAGUUCUAGAUGAUGUGACUGAAGUAUAUACAAAGAAAGAUGAAGUAUCAAGACGUGAUAUUGGUAGAUUAAUGUUACGUGGAGAAAACAUAAGUCUAAUCUCAGAUGCAAAAUGUUAA